AUGGGUUCAAGCGCCCACUCCCACGCCCGAUUGAUUUUCCAGGAAACGGACGAGGCGGAUAAUCCCACAGUCACCUACAUCUAUUCUGACCAGAAGGCGCAAAAGUCGGCUUCCUCGGGUGGAAGGCUCGAUGUUCUUAGCACAACCUCGGACUCUUCAUUAUGGUCUACAAGACCGCUCAUCACGUACCUGAGUGAUGUGUUUCUCCCCUCGGGCUAUCCCCAGAGUGUGAGCGAUGACUAUCUACCAUAUCAAAUAUUUGACUCCCUCCAAGCGUUCUGCAGCUCAAUAGCAGGGCUUCUCUCCUCCCGCGCAGUUCUCCAAGGAGUCGGCGUCGGUAACGCAGACGCCUCCCCAACAUCCGCCCUCCUUCUCCACAUCCUCCAAGACACAUCCGGGCGUAUCGCAACGAUCCUCUUCGCCCACCGUGUCGGCACAGCCCUCGAGCCAGAAUGCAAGACCUACCGCCUCGCCGCGGACGUCUUCAAUGACUUCGCCAUGAUCCUGGACUGUCUGUCACCCAUGGUACCGGCGGGCGUUAUGCGAGUAUCGAUUCUUAGUGCGGCGGGCGUGUUGCGUGCUUUGUGUGGUGUUGCGGGGGGAAGUUCAAAGGCUAGCUUGAGUGCGCAUUUUGCUAAGUGGGGGAAUUUGGCAGAACUUAAUGCUAAAGACUCGUCGCAAGAGACCGUUAUCUCGCUUGUGGGGAUGCUGGUCGGCUCCGUGGUCGUCUCACACGUCACAGGCUUCACAACAACCUGGAUAGCCCUACUCACGUUACUAGCCCUCCAUCUCAGCCUCAACUACGCGGCCGUCCGCUCCGUCCAAAUGACAAGUCUAAACCGCCAACGAGCCAACAUCGCCCUCUCAGCACUCCUCGAGUCCGACUCAAAAAUAGGCCUACACCAUAGCACCAUUGCUAAGGAACCAGACUUCGAUUCUCCAACAGAAUUGACAGUCCUCACCCCGGCACAAGUCUCCUCCCAAGAACGCAUCUUCCACCGUGCCGACGCUCUGCAAUGGACAUCUCCUACCCAGGGGUCAACGAGGUUCCUAGGAAGUGCCGAGAUAGGUGUCUCGCUCGAUACAUUCUUCAAACAUGCCCAGCGCUACAAUGAUAGCACUUCCCCAAGUAUAACAAGCGGGGGUAGCGGUCCAUCCAUCAAAACAACCCUGCAAAUGCAAAACUUAGCAUCCAUCUUCGAGCACGAACCAUAUAUACUCUUCCUCUUCCCUCUUCAGGGAGGGUCGACCGCGACAUGGCACGCCUCCAUCCUACUGAAGAAAGGGUGUACCGUGACCGGACAGCUGAAAGCGUGGGCACAUGCGCUUCUUACGGCGUGCGCUUUGUCCAAGUCUCACUCGCCGUCGAGCAAGGAGACCCAUGCGCCAGCCCGGGACAGCCUGUAUGUCUCGGGUGUUGUGGCGGAUGUGUUGGAUGUUUUGAAUCAAAGGGAUCGGUUCAAAGGGUAUUUGGGUGCUUUGGAGAGGGCUGGGUGGGAUGUUGAUGUUGGGGCGUUGGAGACGAGGGGUGGGAGGAGGGUAAGUCUCCGUUAA